CCGCAAAAGAGAGUGAGAGAGAGAGAGAGAGAGAGAGAGAGAGAGAGAGAUUUUUCCUUUUCCACAAGCGAUUCCGCAAACGCGAGAGAGAGAAAGAAAGAUAAAGUAGGCAUUUGUCUUCCUUUCCCUUCUUCUGCAAGCGAAGAGAGGGAGAGAGAGAGAGAGAGAGAGAGAGAUUUUUCCUUUUCCACAAGCGAUUCCGCAAACGCGAGAGAGAGAAAGAAAGAUAAAGUAGGUAUUCGUCUUCCUUUCCCUUCUUCUGCAAGCGAAGAGAGAGAGAGAAAGAGAGAGAGAGAGAGAGAGAGAGAGAGAGAGAUGGUGCUAUGGGAGAUAACGUUGGGAACUGCAUACUUCUUGGGAUUGAAACGAACAUACAGGUUGGCUCUCAAACUCCAACGACGCCUCGUCGGCCCUAAUCACCCCAAGAUCCGUCUCUUCCUUCACAGGCGGACCCAUGCUGUUUUCGAUAUGGCACUCAAGGUUCACCAGAACAUACAGCAAAGAGACAUCGAGGUUGGUAGGAAUCUUGGAAACUGGAUUCUUCGGUGGCUCGACCGAAUGAAACCAUCUGCUCAUAUUCGGGGCGAUCCUCCAGGAAAGCCACAGCCACCGAACAGCAGCACAGCCAGGCAUACAGUAAACCCAGGCCAACAACCUCUGGGGACCCAAAGGCCCAACAAUGGCAAAAUCCCUGACCGGGAAUCUGAUAGGCAGUUCUUCUCCUCGUCAAUGAAUGUCCGUCCAAUAAAUUUUCCUACCUUGGCCAUGAUGUUGAGGCCCACGAAGGCGGCCGGCAUGAAUGGCCAAUACAUGAAUGUGUAUUCUGCAUCCGUCAUGCCCAAGCCGUGCUAUAGAAGAGACGGAUUUGAAGGUGUCUUCCGGAAGGACAUAAUGCAGUGGAUGCUGCAAAAUAACUGAUGGCCAAACUUAAUUCCUUGGCAGUUUCUCCCCUUCUCUUCUUAGUGUAAAUAUUUUAAGGCCUUUGUUUUUUUCCAAGCCAUGAAAUAGACUGGUGAUGCUGGUUAAAAUGUGAGAUUUUGUAAUACAAUGGUUGAAGAGUUGACGGGAAUUAGUGAAAUUUAUAUGUUUUGUGGGCAAA